AUGUUUGAUGAUCAUCAAAGAAUGAUUAAUUUAAUAAUAAUAUUUCAAAUAUCAUUAUGUUCACUUAGCAAUGCUAAUGAAUAUUAUUUUCUUAAAUAUAAUCGUGCUAUUGGUGGAGAAUCUUUAGAUACAGCGAAAGUUGUUCUAUAUAUCGAUACAAAUGCAUCUAGAUUUAUUGAAAUACCUCGAGAAUAUAUGAAAAAUUGGAUAGACGAUCAAAAAAUGUGGCGAACAUGGUCAAUUAUAUUAGCUAUAAUGUGUUUUAUUUUCUUUGGUACUCUAUUAUUUUUUCUUAUUCAUGGUUUUAUUACUUCAACAGGUCCAUUUUCUAAUUGUAUAAAAUCUAUGAAUGAAAAUUCAUCACCUAUUAAAAUGACAUCAUCAACAACAACAAUACCUAUAGAUUAUCCACAAAUAGAAAAUAUUUCUACAGCACAACAAACAUUUAUUGUUGGUUCUCGUCAAAUGUCUACAUUAUAA